AUGGCUGUGGAAGAUAUCCAUGCCGUUAGAAUAUAUAGAGAGCUGGUUCAGCAGCUCUUAGACAGAGCAGCAGACCUGAAGCGGACCUCCGUUAUCGACCCUCCGAUUACCGAAGCUCAUUUCGUUGAAGGAAUCUGGCCUACUGAGAUUGGCGAGGGGGAUACGCCCAAAAGCCCGAGUUCUCAAGCGAGCUAUGCGGCUGUUGAGAUUGCUUUUCGGGAGAAAUUCUAUCAUCUAUUGGCAACAACAUCAAUAAACGAACCAAACUUUGUUCAUGUUUGGAAUCUACUCGAUAUUGUCUCCAUAUACUCAGAUAACGAACGAUGCGAGCCUGGACUUAUCUUUUGGCUCAUAGAGGAGCUGCUCGACAGCCAAACUAUCGACGGAUGUCGCAAAGUUUUUGACUAUUUAGAGUCAAGGAGGGAACGGAAUACGGCAAAACAUUUUCAGCAGAAGAGUUUAAUUAUUCUCCGGUCAUGCAACGAACUGCUACGGCGACUCUCGCGAGCAGAAGAUACUGUAUUUUGCGGACGAGUAUUUAUAUUUCUCUUUCAGUCAUUUCCUCUAGGGGAUAAAAGCUCGGUGAAUCUCAGAGGGGAAUACCAUACCGAAAAUGUUACGACUUUUGAUCAGCUACCCACUGUAACCUCUGAUGAAGACGUUAUGGAAGUAGAUGCACAUGGCCCGGAGGCAUCAAAAAAAUUGCGUGACACAGAAAAUCAAGCAACUGAGGUGCACUCAAAUCCAGCUCUUGCAGCAACGGUAACAAGCCCAGACGAAGAUACACCAGUCGACAUGGAUUCCUUAUAUCCAGUAUUCUGGGGCUUACAGGCGAAUUUUUCGGCACCUACCCACCUUUUUGAAACUGGAAAUUUCGCCUCGUUCAGGAACGGUCUUGAAGCCACGGUCUCCAGUUUCCAGAGGGUCAGCAUAGAACUGGAAAAACGCGGAAUGACAAAAGGCUCAGAAGAAAGUUCACGGCGCGGGAGUAAGCGGAAACGUGCCGAAAAUGUGACCGAGGCCGCAAGUAGCUUCAAUCCGAAGUAUCUGACAAGCCGCGAUCUAUUUGAACUUGAGGCCAAUGACAUUGCAUUUCGAAGGCAUAUCCUUGUUCAAUCCCUUAUCAUCCUUGAUUUCCUAAUUUCCCUUACACCAAAAGCGAAGGCAAAACUUACAGGCGCCACAAAUAAAUCGGUUUUGUAUGGCUAUGUCCUCAGUGAUGAAGAUGUGAGUAGAUUUUCCAGUCUUGUCUUUGGCCACUUACUUACACCAACCAAGGCAAGGUGGGCAACGAAAAUGAAAUCCACCAUCUCCACCUACUUACAGCAAGGUAUCGAUGGAAAAUUUUAUUACCGAAUGGUUGAUACGGUCUUAACACGGGAUAAAAACUGGGUUCGUUGGAAGGCGGAUGGAUGUCCAUCGAUAGAAAGACCUUCCAUCCAGGCACAGGAAUAUAUAGAUGCCCAGUCGACCGCCGUCAAGUUGUCAUCGAACAAAAGGCUUAGAGCAACCCCACUUGGUUCAUUGAAUUUACAAUUUUUGUCACCGAAUGCCGAUCAAGAUGGUCUCGACCGUCUGAAAGCUACAGAAAGAUUCACAAACCCAGAAGCCGAAUCAUAUGUGCGAGGUAUUGCAGAUGAUGAUUUCAACCUUGAUAUGGCCCAAAAUGACGAAGAUAAGGAAGAAGCUGCGAGGUCCAAAGCCAGCAAGUCUUGGAGGGUCUUGCGCUUAUCUUCACGUAGCAAGUUAAACUUAUUUGACAAAAUCGAGGACGGAAAAAGUCUAGGACAACUCUUUGAAAAUCCCCCAUCGCCACAAAGGCAGCCUGCAGAUGCAGAGGAUAAAGUGUCUAGUCCGAAAGAAGAAGAAUUGGCAAAAGAUGACGCCAAAGAAAAUGAAGUUAUGCACGAGUGA